CCGGGCCGGGGGCGCAUGGGAAUCGCGCCCGCCCCGGCGCUGAGGAGCGGCUGGGCACUGAAGUGCUCCUCUUCCCACAGAUCGGGCUUCUUCCUCCACCUCCCGCUUAUUAUUUGGAGCUGUGUUUGGGGAGGAACACCGACAGCACCGGGCGGCGAGGACACGUUCCUCCCCACCCCCGCUCCGCUUCUCCCGCCCGCGCCGGCGGCCUCCACCCGGCAGGGGGCGCAAGCGCGCAGCCCUGCUCUGCGUGGCGUCCCUCCCAGCCCCCCCACGCCGCGGGGAGGCCCCGUUGGCGGCGCGGGGAAGUAUUCAACAUUAAUUAAAAUGUCUUCCACCAAGCCUCCAAAUGAAAAUGAAGCACCCAAAGAGAGAAAACCAGGACUGAGGAAUGUUCAAACAACUAUGCUCUUCCGAGCUGUGAAUCCAGAGCUUUUCAUUAAACCUAACAAACCUGUGAUGGCAUUUGGACUUGUAGCAAUUACCUUCUGUGUUGCCUACCUUGGUUAUUUGCAUGCAACAGUAGAGAAUAAAAAUGACCUUUAUGAAGCAGUCGACAGUGAAGGGUCCAGGUAUAUGACGAGGAAAACUUCCAAAUGGGACUGAGAAUGUAAAGAAGCGAAUCACAGAAGUUUUCAAGCCAACUACUAUUUUUUCUCUGUCCAUUGAAAUAACGGAUAAAUGUCCCUUUUGCUAUUUAAACCAAAUUAAGUUCAUUUAUAAAGUGCCAUGCCUGUAUGAAUAAAUUGCAGUUAAGAUACACACAAACAUAAAAGUGAUUUUAAGAA